CUCCGGGAGCUGCUGGAGGGCGCCCGGGGGGCGGUGGGCAACGCCGCCCAGGCCUCGGACCGCUCGCUGUACGCCAAGCUCAGCAAGCAGCUGCAGAAGAUGGAGGAGGUCUACCAGGCCCUGGGGCGGCACAGCCAAGCUCUGGAUGCGUGCCAUUGGGCCCCCAGCGCCUUGGUGGCUGGCAAGCCGGGCACGGAUGACUUGGAGCUCUUCGUCAUGUACUCGCGCGGCGUGCCUGAUGACACCAAGCAGCUCGCCUCCUUCCUGCAUGGCAAUGCUUCUCUGCUCUUCAAACCAAAGCCGGUGCCCGAGGGCAAUGGCCACGGGCCCACACACCCCUCUGACAAGGCCAGCAGCAUCCAGUCGCGGCCCCUGCCCUCCCCGCCCAAACUGCUAGCACAGGAGUCACCCGAGGGCCCAUAUGAGAACCACGAGAGUGGCUGGAUGGAGGACUACGACUACGUGCACCUCCAGGGCAAGGAGGAGUUUGAGAAGACGCAGAAAGAGCUGCUGGAGAAAGGCAACAUUAUCCGGCAGAGCAAGGACCAGCUGGAACACCAGCAGCUGAAGCAGUUUGAGCGUCUGGAGCAGGAGGUGACGCGGCCCAUCGACAACGACCUGUCCAACUGGAGCCCUCCCCAGCACUAUGGCCCUGCGCGGGGCGGGGGGCCCCUGUGUGCUGCCGACCGCCAGCUGCUCCUCUUCUACCUGGAGCAGUGCGAGGCCAACCUCACCACGCUCACCAACGCCAUCGACGCCUUCUUCACUGCCGUCAGCACCAACCAGCCCCCCAAAAUCUUCGUGGCCCACAGCAAAUUCAUCAUCCUCAGCGCCCACAAGCUCGUCUUCAUUGGCGACACGCUGUCCCGCCAGGCCAAGGCGCAGGACGUGCGGCACAAGGUGACACACUACAGCAACCUCCUGUGUGAGAUGCUCAAGGAGAUCGUGGUGAGCACCAAAGCUGCCGCGCUGCACUACCCGUCACCUGCUGCCUCCAAGGACAUGGUGGAGCGCGUCAAGGACCUCGCCAACAGCACGCAGCAGUUCAGGAUGGUGCUGGGCCAGCUGGCCGCCAUGUGAUGGCCCUGUGCCGCUGCCCCCCGCGGCCCUCUGCCCGGCGUAACAGACCUGUACAUAGAGACUCACGCAGGGCUGAGGGGCCGUGGCCGUCAUCCCCUUCCCUCCUCUUCCUCUCAACGUUGGUUUCAGAGCCACGCUCACAGUGCCAGGGGUGCAAUUUCUCCCUGCUGUGUUCGUUCAUCUGCUCCAGUUGAGAUGGGGCUGGCAGUGGGGCUGCCCCAGUGCCCUGGGACGACGCUGCAGGCUCCGUCGGCACAUCAGCCAGCUGAUGUAGCGCUGUGGCACAGACAGACCAAGCCAAGGAGCGGCGGCGAGGAGAUGAAGAAUGCUGUCCUGAGCAAUGGGGGAGGGGGUGAGGGGCAGCCAGGGGGGAUGAGGGGCUCGAACCUUUGCAUUUCAAGUCUUGGUGGUUUUGCUGUACCGGCUGUAACUGAAAUGCAAACCGACAUUGGUGCCUUCUGAACACUGGCGAAGCUUCCUCCGGUUCCCGGAGCCGUGGAGUUGCAGCCGCCCCCAAAACUCAGCCCCCUGGUCCCACAGCAGCAUAAAGAUUUGCCUAGAAAUGCC